UUUUCCCACAGUGAACUACGAAGAUCCCAACUACAAUAUUUCCAUUCCUAUAUUUUCAAUUCAUGGCAACCAUGAUGAUCCUGCAGGGGUAAAUAUUUGUUUUAUGUUAGGUAGUAUCACCUGUUAGUAUUGUAGGCUAGUAUGGUAUGGUAUAUGAUUUUGAUAUAUGGUAUAUGGUAUGGGUUUUUAUUUCUUAAUCUUAUACACCACUAUAUUUCGAUCCAUAAAGUCGAAACUCCCAAUUAUGGACAAAUAAUAACUUCAGUCAUUAUUAGUAUUAGCAGGGGUGGUUAGAUUAGAGAGAAAAGGUCGCCAUGCAGGUUUAGAUUAAGGUUAGAUUAGGGUCAGAUUAAGGUUAGGUUUGGGUUAGAGACCCAGAUUCCGGGUUAGAUUAGGAUUAGGGUUCAAAUUAAGGCACCAUUGGAUGGUUCAGAUGAUUAUCCUUGUUGGGUAUCGCCGGUAUUUCCCAAUUUAGAAAUCAUGGCUGUUACCCAUUGAGAUGAUGUGACACUGGUGAAUUCAGAACCAAUCGUGUCUUCAUUUACCAUUUGUCAUACAGGCGCAUUUUCAAAUAAUCGUUGCAGUUCCCAGACACACAAAAAAACGUUAUCGACCCCAUGGGGAUGGAUGGGGACAGCUCAGGACAACACAUCAUAGAACAGCAUAUAGCAUAGCUUAUAGUAUACAUAAUUUUUUUUGGAGAUGGAAUUUUAGCUGGUUAGAGCACUGCACCGGAAUCGCAGAGCCGUAGGUUCAAUUCCUACCAGAGGACCUUGUGCUUCAUUUUUCGCAGUCGUUCCUGGUCAGGUCUUAAAGUGUAUAUAUACUCACUUGGAUUACAAACCCUGAAAACAGCAUUCUGAUAUUACCAAGUGAAAUGCAGAAACCAGAUCAAUGAAGUCCACCUUAUCACAACCCGCACGCCCGAUUACCUAUAUAUACAUGAACUUAGGUUACAGCUCAACAGCUGGCCUCUGUAACUCACUUGGUUAGAGCGCUGCACCGGAAUCGCAGAGCCGUAGGUUCAAUUCCUACCAGAGGACCUUGUGCUUCAUUUUUCGCAGUCGUUCCUGGUCAGGUCUUAAAGUGUAUAUAUACUCACUUGGAUUACAAACCCUGAAAACAGCAUUCUGAUAUUACCAAGUGAAGUGCAGAAACCAGAUCAAUGAAGUCCACCUUAUCACAACCCGCACGCCCGAUUACCUAUAUAUACAUGAACUUAGGUUACAGCUCAACAGCUGGCCUCUGUAACUCACUUGGUUAGAGCGCUGCACCGGAAUCGCAGAGCCGUAGGUUCAAUUCCUACCAGUGGACCUUGUGCUGCAUUUUUCGCAGUCGUUCCUGGUCAGGUCUAAAGUGUAUAUAUACUCACUUGGAUUACAAACCCUAAAAACAGCAAAUUUAUAUAUACAUUUUAAUUGCCAUUAAUUAUUUGUAUUUCUAGGAUGGCAAUUUAUGUACACUCAAUCUAUUUAGCGUCAGUGGAUUAGUGAAUUAUUUUGGUAAAGCAACCAAUGUAGAUGAUGUCACCAUAAGCCCCAUUCUUAUGCAGAAAGGUACAACAAAGCUAGCUUUAUAUGGACUGGGUUCUGUACGAGACGAAAGAUUACAUCGAACAUUUCUAAAUAAGAAAGUCAAAAUGCUUCGUCCAAAAGAAGACGCUGAUUCUUGGUUUAAUUGCUUUGUUCUACAUCAAAAUAGGUAAGCCUUUUAGCUUAACAAAUGAAAAUGGCUUGUAAUAAGGAGUCGCAUAUGCCUGCUUCAUUCUUGAAAGUGACGUCAUCGCAUGCCAUGCUUUGACGUUGCAGUAGUAGUUAGCAGGCCUCGAAAACAUAUUUCUCUUAUACUGGCAGUCAAAUAAAAAAAUAAUAUUUCCUGUGUAAGUCAAAUAUAAAACGUCCUGAAACUGUUCAAAACUGAUAAACUUCGGCGUGAUAAACUUCAAUCUCAGCACAAGAUAUAAUCUCGAUAUGCAAAAAUGCUUUUAGAAUUAAAAAAAGGAAAUUAUUUGGCAUGAGGUUACAUAGGAGAUUAUUAAAUGAGGUUACGUAGUAACCAAGGAUAAUAUCAUAGGAACCGCAGUCUGGGUACGACAUGUGCCCUCAGGAUAUCGGAUAUAGAUUAUAGAGAGUGCCAAGCAGACUCACAUGUCAUUAGCUAACUCAUAGCCAACUGCAACAGUAAUCUGCUUAGAGAAGAAGCCAAUUUUUUUUGUGUUUUCAUGACGGCAAUUGACUUUCGGUUUAACUUCCACCGAACACGUAGUUCGGUGUGAUAAGGUACAGACGUUCGUGAUUCGGACCUGAAUCCAAGUAACUCAAAUCCGUAGAUCAUUAGCUGACCACGUUUACACCUAACCAUCCACACGGGUAAGUAUGCCGGUGACGACAGAUAUUAAGUGUUGUAGUGGUAAGAUUUACGUUGCUCCAACGAGUAAAUUUGCUCAUAUGAUUUUGAGUCACUGUGGUUGCAUUAUUUUUUUGCAGUGUAUGGUAAUUAGCAUGCAGGCAGAAUCUUCGAAAUUCUCCUUCUAUUUUUCAGGUAGUUACAUCCCUACCAACGAAAGCUUUUAUUAUUGGCACUUCCUACACUCUCCUCUGUCACCCACACUGGCACAGACAGUUCAAGGGAUCAGAAAUAAUUCCAAUAACUUAAAUCCGACCCUGCCUUACCACGCAUUCUGCAUUUUUAUUAUGUCUAGAGCUAAACAUGGAGCAAAAAAUCAUAUCCCCGAGAAUUUUCUGGAUGAGUUUCUUGAUCUUGUCAUCUGGGGUCAUGAACAUGAAUGCCUGAUCGACCCUCAGUACUCUGAAUGUGAGAAAGAUAUUUUUAUCAGUCAACCUGGAUCGUCUGUCGCCACAUCGUUAUGUGAGGGAGAAGCAAAACAGAAGUAAGCUCGUUUGUUUUUAAACAUUUAUAGAAUCUUCAUAAUUACUGUUUGAUGUGCCCAAAUAAUCUACGGCCAGCUGAAGGACUGAUUCAGUGACUUUCCACUGGGGUUAUCCUAAGGCCUCCUAUUUUCCAAGAUGGGUAUAGUUCUAAAACUUAACACGGGCAAUUCUGAAAUGGAGUUUUCGAGUUUUAUUUGAAAAUUAAUUAUAAAUUAAUCGCCCAUACAGAUAUUUAAGGCAAAAACAAAACCAAACGAAAUGUCAUUCGGAAAACCAGGAAAUGGCCAUUCUGGACUUGCCCCAGUCUAUUUAGUCCAUCUUGGACUAUUGUGGAUAAACUAUAAUUCAAGAUGGCGGACAGCCCAUUGCUUUCCGUCAAAAUAUUUCAAAAACUAAGCAAGAUGAAAAAUCAGUAAUGGAGUUUUCAUUCAUCAUGUAAUUCAUACAGGUAUGUUGGAAUCUUGAGAGUUGUUGGUAAGAAUUUUCGUAUGGAUAAAUUUCGUCUAAAGACAGUUCGACCUUUUCACACGAGAGAUGUGGUAUUAAGUGAUACUGAUGUUGACCCUACUGAUGAUGCCGCUGUGCAAGAAUAUUUAGCUGAACAGGUGUGUGAGUUUUGUGACCUUAUGACACAUGUCUGAUCACGGAGCACAGUUAGUUCUCGACACAACCUCAUAGUAUUGCCACCUAGAUUCGCAUGGGUCACUCUAGUAUCAUGGCAUUUUUCGAAAGUACAAAAGCACAUUUUCCUCUUCCCGGUAUACAUCUUUGGUCUUGGGGAGGGGGGCGUAUGUCUAAAAACAAUAGAUUUUGGCUAUAUAGUUAAUAUUCUUUUAAUUUAUCUUCUUCAAAGGUGGAGGAAUUAAUCGCAUUAGCUGAAAGCGAACAUACUGGAGACAGCAGACAGCCAAAACUGCCUUUGAUAAGACUUCGGGUAAAUUUACUAACCAGCCACACUGUUAACCAAUUAACUGAUCGGUCCUAGUUAAUUAUUACUUUUAGUGGAAAAAUAGUUUAUUCCAUGCAAAACAAAAAUGCAACGGUAACAUAAUGUCGAAUGUCUUUUCCUUUAUUCGCUCGGCACAAGCUGUCCAUGGAAAAAAUCUCAACGUCUGCGGAUGUUGCGAGCUUAGUGCUGAGCUGCUUGAAUUAACUAGCCAAUGAGAAUCCCAGUGUCUUCACGGAAAUGCGAACGAAAUGCAAAAUGCAAACGAACUUGUCAACGAUGUUGACUGGUGUUGAGUAUAGUUAUCCCAACGUAUGCGGUGAAAAUGCAUGCUGAGUGGCUAACGCCACGCGAGGCGGUUAGCUCAGCAAGUUUUUCUCGUGUGCGGUAGGCUUAGUGAGAGUCCGUUGGAUAUUUCAAUGCAUUUCAUAUUUACUGGUUUCGGCCAGGGGUUUAAUAACGGGUUGUAUGGUUGCACAUGACGUCAUUACGAGUCAUUAAGGUUACAGGACACCCUUUUUGGCGUUUUGUGGAAAAUCGCUACUGCGCGCUCAAUAUCAGUCUGAUUUUAAUCAAAUUUUCACCAAAUAUUCGCCAGUGCAUGCAAAAUAUGGUAAAGCUGUAAAAUUAACAAACAAUAAAAUAAUGUAAGAAUUAUUCAGGAAGAUCUUAAAUCGCGGUACCGUUACACUUUUGAGUUAUGCUCCUGCUGGUUUUAAGUUAUAUUUUUAAAAAUAUCAUUUUUAUACAGCAAAAUAGUUGUUCUAAAAAAUUGUGUUCGGAAAUUUUUGUUUAUUUCGUCAUUCCGCUGAUAUGGCGAUUUCUUUGACGACUGCAAUAUAUUUCUGAAUUGUUUGUGUGAAUUGCUCCUUAUUAUUAAAAUAUCCAAAAUUAGAACAAAGCCGAACACAAUUUUGAAACUGACGUCUUUAGCUAUGUCCUGUGAAAAUUCGAGAAAAAUUGGUCAAAACCCGCAGGAGCACAACUCGUUUGAAAAUCAGUAAUUACCGUAAAAUUCUUCGGGAGAAAAUUGUAUUUGAAUAUUACAUUUUCAAUGUUUUUCUUAUUGCAGCGAAAUGUAUUUUAUUAAAUAACUCUGCGAGUUUUCAACAUUUUUCGUUGAAACUUGGUCCGAUAGUAGGACUAGUCUAAUGCUUGCAUGGAAUCCAAUAAAAAAAUUUUAGGCAAAAUUAACACUCAAAUUAAGGUGUUCUGUAACCUUAAGCGUCAUCUUGGUUGAUUUUAACUUUCGUUAAGCCGUUUACAGCGAAGUAUAGUUUAGUCAAUUUAACAUUUUCUGGUUUGUUUUGAAAACAUGUUACUGUAUUAUGGAGACUUUUUAAAGGUCUUUGGCUCAAUACCACAAAAAAUGAAGAAUAUGAAUUUUAUAGUUGCCACAUGUAUUUUGAAAAUCAACCAAUAUGGCGUCGAUUGCAAACGAGCAAUAGCGUUGCUGGGACUGGGGACGAGUUUUAAAAAGUGCCCAAAUUAAGAAAUGAACCAAAUCACUAAAAAGAGCACCUCAAAAUUAGUAAGUAUACAAAGUUUGAAGACGUUUACAUGAAUACCCUUCGAAUAACAAGCUUUCGAAAAUCGCGAUAUUUACUAUGAAAUGUACUGUAAUUUGUGUUUUUGGAACAAAAACAAUCUUUUAAUCAGUAAUUUCACAAUUUUCGAAAGCUUAUUAUUCGAAAGGUAUUCAUGUAAACGUCUUCAAACUUUGUAUACUUACUAAUUUUGAGGUGGUCUUUUUAGUGAUUUGGUUCAUUUCUUAAUUUGGGUUAACACUCGUCUCCAGUCCUCUCAUCAACUUGGGAAUGGCUAAUAGCGUUGCGAGCAAUAGCGUUGUUCGCAUUGCAAGAGUUGCCUGUAUGUUCAGUGUUUGAUUAGGUUGUUUUGUUGUGUAGGUUGAGUACUCAGGUGGAUUUUCGCCAUUCAAUGUCAACAGAUUUGGACAACAGUUUGUGAAACGUGUUGCAAAUACAAAGGAUAUUUUAAAUUUCUAUCGAAAAAGAGUUUCGACUGUCAGAGGUGAGAUUUAACCUGGUUCUAACCUUGUUUAUACUGUAAGCACAAGGUUAAGGCACAGAAUAGAGGCAAACAGAAGGUCGAUUUCUUGGAUUGUUUCUUUGAUUUUGGCUACUCUGUGUUUUGGCGUAGCCGUAAUUCGUCAUCAAAAUGCUGACGCCAUGGUCCUAGCCAGUGGCUUAUGUAUAAGACGUAAUUUGUCAUCAAAAUGUCUGCGCAAAUAGGGAUAUUUCUUUUUUCAUAAUUUUAUUUAGAAUAUAAGCUAUUUAUAUUUCACAAGUCUAUCCUACAUAUCGAUGGAGAUGAUUUUGUUUUAUUUAACUACUUAUACUUAUAGAUUGUUUAUUUUCAUGUUAUAUUGUUAUAUUAUAAACUUAAUGUCUGCUUCCGAGGGAAAUAGUUUGUUUUGUUUUCCCGAGAAUCUCAAUGUUUCCCGAGACGAAGUCGAGGGAAACAUUGAGAUUCGAGGGAAAACUAUUUCCCGAGGGAACAGACAUUAAGUGUUUUGUUAUAUAGCGACGAACAAAAAUCAACAUUCAACAACACUCAUACAACAAUUGUAUUUCGUGACAAAAACUCUAUAGUGUAAACGAGUUUAAAAUGAAAAGAACCUACUUAAAUGGUUUCAACAGCAUAUCCUGUUGCCUGUUGUGUAUUUUUCUUCUCUUUUAUAUUCUUUAUUUGAACACAAACUUGGAAAAUUUUAGUUUCUAAUUAUCCGAGUUGUGCCGCCAUUUUGUUUAUUUAUGUACGAGGCCGGUCGGGGCGGGCAACAAUUUUUCACUUGUUGUCCGGCGGGAUACAUUGCAUUUAUCUGAAGUCACGUGACCACAAAUCAGCCAAUCAUGUUUGGUGCUCACGCUAGCUAUAUAACAAUACAAUUUAUUGGGCAAAUGCUUUGAAUUGUCCUUCUCUUGAAAAUACCGAAACCGACAGCGAACCGAGGUAAUUCUUUCACCAUCAAAAGUCUGAAACCGAUACGAAAUUUCUGGAACCUCACAGCUCUAACGGGUGUACUUUUUUGUUCUGAGGUAAUCCCCUGACCUUAACUGGAGCAUUGGCCCCCUUACUCUGACCGGUAACCAGGACACCCGGGGCAUUGGAAGAAACUGCGUUUAGACGCAAGUUUGCGUUCCUGCUUGUGCCUAUUGCACUUUCUGGUUUUAUUCAGAUAAGAAAGGCAACGACGUUGGUCCAGUUCGAAUUCGUCCUGAAAUAUUAGAUGAUGUUCGUGUUGAGGAUCUUGUCAAUGAAUAUCUUAACUCUCAGGAGAAUGUAAGUCGCUCUUGCUCCACGUAUGCACUGUACAAAAUAUUUCCGACAUGUUGAUUGUCUUCCGGUUAAAGCAAUUGUAAUACGUCCAACUUUUUUGGGAGGUUGGUGAGGGAGACGGGAAAACAAGUGAAUUAUUGCGACCUAAUAGUAAAAGAAGGCCACAGAGGAAUGUUGAGCAGGAUUGCGAGGUUGAUGAUUUUCUCUUUUUAAACAGAAAUUACAAUUAAGUAUUUUAUCUGGGCGUAAGAUGGGCUUGGCUUUGCAAGAGUUUGUGGACAAAGAUGAGAAAGAAGCAAUAGGGGAGAUUGUGAAACUACAACUUCGUGAUACUCAGAAAACAUUGUCAACAAAGAAACUCCGUGAUGAAGAUAUUGUGAAGGAAGUUAUUAAAGAGACUGAGCGAAGUAGAGCUGAGGAACCCAGCCAGGAAGAAGAGGCGAGGACCAGAAAGGUACCUCCCAUAUGUUGUCUGUUUAGCCCCCCCCCCCCAAAUAAUCCCCCUCUAAUAAUAAAUCCUUCUCUCAAAGGAACCCACCUCUGUCUAUAAAUAAGCCCUGUACUCAUAAAAGUUUCGCCUCCAAUAAACUUACCCUUAAUACGUUCUCCUUCCUAAUAGCCCCCCCUGUCAAAUUAGCCCGCCUCUCAAACAAUCUCCCCUCUAAAAGAAGCCCUCCUCUAGCUCCCCCCCCCCCCUAUAAACACACACUUUUCUCAAAAUAGUCCCCUCUUUAACGCCUUCUCAAAUAAGCCUUUGCUCUAAUAAGCACUCCUCUUUAAGGAGUCCACCCCCUUUUUAAGAACGCUUCCUCUCAAAUACACCCUCCACAAUAUAAAUCCUUCCUUCUCAAAUAAACCACCUCCCUAUUAAACGCUUCUCUCAAAAACCCUACCAUCCCCAUAAUAGCACUCCUUUCAUGUUGCAUUUCAUGGUUUUAGCUAGUUAGACAUAUCGUCCGUCGAAAUGCAUAUUCCUCUGACGGAUCGUCUGUCUUUCGGUUUGUUAUUUGUGUUUUGGGUUGUAUUUAUAGAACACCAAGCUACAAUCUUGGCGAAAAGUUAAUGAAACACCUAUGGAAAUCAAUAAAACUCCCCUCCUCCCUGCACAAUGUUGGACAUAGAUUCUAAAAAAUUGUGUACAAUAGUUCAUCGAUGGCAGAGAGCACUAUGUGCAGGUUUCUUGCUCAUCUUAAUCAACAUUGGAAGGGGGGAAGAAUAAAUUAAAUUGUUAAUCAAACUGGAUGUUUCAUUAGUUUUUGCCAGGAUUGUAGUUCAAAGCUUUCGUGUUGCUUUCUGGCUGCCACAAGACUGUACGAGUAGCCACAUAAUCACACGUGUUUUAAUGGCCGGAGUAUUCUAUAACUGUACUUUAGUUGGUAGAGACUAGAGAUGCAACUACCUGACUAAUACAAGGAGCAUUUGAGAAAUAUAGAAAUUCAUACUCUAUAACUGUACCUUGUCUUGCUUUGGAUUAAGUUUUCUCACAGACAGACUAAUGCAGUGCUGUAUCUGUUUAACUCCAGAUAUUGUUGUUUAGGUUUUAGAAGAAGCAGUCCGACAGUCUCAAAGCAAAAGACAAGAUGAACCAACUACUGUAUCAGAUGACAGUGAUGACGAGAGUGAAAAUCAAACUACUAAACCCACUAGAGGUAACAACUUCGUUUUGUACCACGAUGACGUUUACUUUUUAGAGUUCCAUUAAGUCAUUAGUCCCAUUGGUAUAUGUGUAAUAUUGGGUCAUUCUGAGGAGAAAUGUAAUUAUAUUUAUAGUAAAAGGCCCUCUUCGUAACUGUAGAAGUUGAGGGAUAUCAUGAGAUGAGUUUUGAAACAUUGAGUUCACCACUACUUUACCUGUAGCAGUGAGUCUGCAGAUAUCUGUUGCCAUGCAACAGGCCCCAGAUUCAGAGGUUUAAAUGGACCGAACUGCAAUGAGUUCAAGAUUGUAUAUAACAUGUGCUUUCACAUUAUUGUUCAUGGUUUUUCUUACUUUUCUGAGUUCCCCACGGCAAACAUUAUUUAUUUCCACAUCGCAAAUUCAACCAAACCAAUUCUACAGCACUCGUUUCAAGAUUGAGUUUUUGGUUCGUUUCAACGUCCACAAAAAAAGUUCUGAAAAACCCCUGACAUUGGGAAUAUAACGUAGUUUAUUUAAGUGCAACAAAAAUGAUUUCGAAGACACCAUAUUUACAUAAUUUCGUACCACCUGGGCGGGAUGCACUAGGUGGAAUAAAAACAGUCAUGUGAACACAGACAUAAUUUAUUCAACUCAGGUGAGUUUCCUGAUUAACCGGGCUCAUGUGAACCUUAUAGCGGUUAUUUUUAAAGAAAGGUAUUAAGAGAAGAUUUUUUUGUAUGUUAUGUAACACGCGCUCAAAACUAAUGCGUAUAAUAUCACUUGAGGUUAUGACCAAAUUCAAAAUUUUUAUUUUUCGAUACGUUUCUCAAUCGGCAAACAAACUUAAAAAGUGUGUUUAGUGCUUUAUCUGUAAAAUAAUGCUAAAACGAAGAGAUUUUAGAUGAUACGCCAAAGAGAAAAUUAUGUCUGGAGUUCAGUAAAUUUUGCUUAUAUGGCUUAAAUAUGGCGUCAGUUUUAAAGCAUCAUUGAUAAUUGUAUUUUAAUUGACAAUUUGUAACUAUUAUUUUAUGUUUCUCAACCGGCAGAUGCAUUUAAAAAGGUAGCUAACUGUAUAAACUAGAGAAUAAAGCAAAAACAAAGUGAUUCUGAGAGGAACGCCAAAAAGAUUUUAGGUUUUGAACACUUUUCAUUGUAAAUACGUGACAUUGAAAAAAAUUGCCUCUUAACAUUUGCUCGUAUAGAGAGGUGUCCGUAAGGAGAGGCAACUGUAAAUGUGUACAAGUCUUUCUUCAAAUUUCAUCUCAGGUUGUCAUGUAAGAUUUGCCUGCAACGGGGUUUGAAAGAUGAUUUGAUUCUAUUUUAGGACGAGGACGAGGCAGAGGACGUGGCAGGGGGAAAGAGCGAGGGAAAGGAUCACGAACAAGUAAAACACGUGACACAUCAUGGAAUACGACGUCUGAUACAUCGCGAGGUACAUCAUGCAACCAUGUUGAAGUAUUUGGUUUAUCUGCUUAUUUUGUAUUUUAUCAAUUUGUCAGAAAUUCAUCAGUUUUCAUAACCUAUAUACUUGUUUGUAGCACCGACUCGAGGAAAAAAGCAACAGAUUCUGGUAAGUCAUGGAUUGUUUUGGCAAAGGAAUUUUUGAAAUUUAUGAAUAAAGGUUAAUGUCAUCUAUACACCCUUGUUUAGCCAUACAAAUGAAUAUUGAAAAUGUUAAUGACUUACACUAGUGGUUGUAACUCUUCUUUAACUAGUUUGUAUAUAUGAAUUUACAAAUUGUUUACAACAUUCAUGUCUAUGUUGCAAAGUUGGUCAAACUAGCCCAAGUUUUGAGACACUAUAAAUUAUUUCCCAAAUGGAAAACGAAAAGUUGUAUAGUACGUUGCAUUGUUACAGUAAUUAUUUCACUACAUAUUUUCACGAGAAUGAUGAAGAAAUUAAUGCUGAAAAAUUAUCGGCUUUUAUGUCCAUGCAGAGCAAUCAGUAGACGGUCAAAUUGCUUUGCUCAGAUGCUGCAGAUAGCUGUUAUAUAUGUAUGUUAUAUAAGACACAUCUAGAAAACACAGAGAAAAGCUACCAAAUAGGCAAAUACAUCCUUGAAUUACUAUUUAGUUGCAUUAUAGACUAUACUACCACGGAUUCCAGAUUUAUCCCUUCUACCAACUUGCUGUUGACACGAAUACCUUGAUCUGGCUCUCUUACAAGAUAAUACACGAAAACCACUUAUUCCAGUCACCUCCAGACAAACUAGAUCUUCUACCAUGCAGUACUUCCACUAAAUUCAGUGUCCAAUGUGUUACGCUCAUGCAAGUUGCAAACAUUACAUCUCAUAUUCCUAUUGUGCGUCUGUCUCCUAACUCAUCUUUGUUUGUUUAGUUUGAAGAUAAAGAUGGAAGCAUGUCCUUUGGAAAAAAAGAGUCGAGGUAUGUUGAAUUUUUAGACGUAUAGAUCUCAGCAUGUUAUUAUAUGUUUUACGCCAGAUUAUUUUACUCUGCCUUUGAACGGCAUCAUUUUAUACUCGCCCGUCAUUGAGGAAACGCGCCAGUGGCAAUGGCGGAAAAGCUAGCCCCAACCCCUCUCCCUAUUCUGUGGUUAACGGAGUACUACGUCUAAUUUCCUAACUUUCCUGGCACAGAUCAAUGGUUUAAAUGCAUCGAUUUCAAUUCUCUUCUAAAACUGCAAGAAAUUGAAAAUUGUUUUUACUUAAAUUUAACUUUCUCUUGUCUCAUGAGAACACAGAGUGUUGUAGCCUACGUCGUACACCCUAAGGGACCGGUCAUUAUUUAUGGCAGGGGUGGGGGCCGAAGAGAAAAUGGUGGGGUAACUGAAAAAUAAUAGUUGCUUUAGGUGGGGUGGCCAAAAAAUCCUUGCAUGCAGAGGUGGGGUAAAAAAACAUAACCUUACUUUAAUCACACACAAUACAAUAUAUACUACUAUCAGAAUUUAAUAUGUGAUUAUUCUAAUUUUUUAAUAAAAUAUUAUUGCUUUCCAAAAUGCUGACAGAAACACCCCCCUCAACCCACCCGUAAAGGGUUAUUUUUAUAUUCAUUUACACACAAAAUCUCCAAAGACUCCAAUUACCAGACAAAAUAUAUACUGCCUAUAUAUAGGGGCUGUUUAUAUGGUGCAACUGCAAGCCAUCCCCAGGGUACCCAAGCUGGCCCAGUUUUGGCAAGAUCCUGCCUUUGUUGUUAUUUCUUACUAAAGUUCACCUUGUGUAUAUAUGGGUAAAGAGCGGGCCCAGCUAUAGCUAAGUGAGAUCCCGCCCCUUUAGCCCGAGAUCUUGCUUCAGGAAAAGUGACCUUAAGUCUGUAGCCCCUAACCCCGGGCAUCCAGCCUCACCCCCAUAUAAACAUCCUCUUAUUUCAUAUCUCAAAAAGUAUAUGUACAGUCUAUUAAAUUUUCAGGAUUUAAUUUUUGGGCAUCUACACUUGAUACUGCAUAACUAAUAUUUAUAUCCAGUAUGUGCUUGUAAACCAUGUGGACAAUUCAGGUAGCAAGUCAUGAAAUAUGCCCCAUGCCCCUUGUGAAUCUGGAGAAUCAUUCCAAUGGCUAGUUCACAAUAUGUUCAUCUCUAGCCUUUGGCAACUAGCUGUUUUUCUUUACUAGAAUAAGAUAAAAUAAGAGAAAUCUAUUUACCCGUUUUACAGAUUAAUUUAAUUGUUUAUAUAAUCAUACUUGGAAUUCGGAUGAAUAUCUUUAUCUUCACACUGUAUAACAGCAACUUUUUCUCAUUAAUUUACAGUAACUUUCUAAAUUCAGAUAUUCUCACAUGGGACAAAUACUUUAGUAUCGUUGUAUUGUUUACGAAUUAAAAUAUUAAAUUGAUUUCAUAAACUUCAAGAAUUCCUUGGGAAUUCUUAAGGAAUUCCUUUAAAAUUCCGUGAUAAUACAUGUGAUUGUCUAUAGUAAGGAAAUAUUAAAGGAAUUUCAGAGGAAAUUUUAGAAUUUAGAUAGUUGCAAUCAUGGGUGAGCACAUAUUUUGUGAAACUGUUUCAAAAUAAAAUUGCAUUUUAAUUAAUAAAAAAAUGCAAGAAUGUGAAAGAAACCAAAUUAUAUACAGUGAAACUUUAAAGUGGGAAAGAGAUAGGGUGGUGAAAUACGGUUAGUGUUCUAAAAUAUUGAAGCAUUUGGUUAAUAUAUGUUUAUGUAUGGGACUAGCAUAUUGCACUAUCUCGUGAAAAGGGAAUAUAGCGUUGAAUACAAACUAUAAAAACCCAUUCAUAUUUAAAUUUUACAAGUAGACAAAUUUUAAGCCUUCAGAUAACUAUAAUUCUUUAUAUAGUACCUUGCUAUUGUAGGGCUAACCCAUAAUAUAAAGGCAUGACUGUUGUGUGCUUUAAUUACUCCAUAAGAAAUAAGGGGCAAGGGAUAUUGGUAAAUAAGUAUUACCAAUCAAUCCUAUUCCCUUUUAAUUAUAAUGUCCACUGUGGUCAAAGCACCCUAUAAUAAUUAUUAUUUACUCUCUAACAGCAGAUGAGCUUACUCAUCAAGGGCAAUUUUGUACCUUGAUGAGUAAUACGCAUACAAAAUACUAAACUGUUUCAUUACAUAUUUUAUGUCUGAACCUUUGACAUUGCAACAAAAUAGGUUUGGGUGGGGUAAAAAAAUUUUCUGGCAUUCCACCGGUGGGGUAGCUAGAAACUUUGUUUCGAAAAAGGUGGGGUAAUGAUUUUUUCCUGCUUCAUUAUACUUUCUCUUCGGCCCCCACCCCUGCCAUAAAUAAUGACCGGUCCCUAACUCAAUGGGGUUUAUCGUUGAAAAAACUCCAAAAUUAACUUCUCCAAAUCUUAAUAUUACACUCCCUGCCCCAGGCCGCUCGGUCAUCAUCUGACCAAAUUUUACGUUUUGUCCGAUCAAAUCUUUUAUGACCGGAUAUGUGACCGAUAGAUUUAAGCUGAUUAAUUAUGUAACGAAACGCAAAAUAAUUCUUAGCAUAUUUUUUAACAGAUUUUGUAAAUUGUUGAUAUUAAAUAUACAGAAAAUAUCCAAAUAACCAGAAAAUAUCGCGCUUGUAGUAAAUCAUUAUAGUGUUAUAUAAAAUAUGAACACGGUUUUCAACUUUUCACAGCUUGCAGUAUAUAGCCAACGUAUAGCAUCUGCAAUACAUACGAGAAACACUGUCCGAUAAGAACUUGUCUUGACCGGACAUUUGUCCUUCCAAGCAAAAUGAUUGUCAGGCCUGCUAUCCUGUGAACUUUCAUGUUGCUCAGUUAUGUACCAAGCAUCAUUCGCUAUUAAUUAUUGUCGUUACAUUUUUUGCAGGGGCAAUUCAUCUCGAUCCGCAUGGGAUGAAAAUUCGAAUGACAUGGAUGAGGUACGUCCAGAGUUUUAGAUUUACCUAAUAUGGGCACAGCAUGCAGUGGGAUCUUGAUCUCCUGAGGAACAUUUACCUCGGCAAGAAGAUUGAGGAACAUUUUUCACACACGUAACGUUAUGGGAGAAUCUCAAAAGGAUUCAUUAUAUCAUACUUCCUUAUACGUCACUUCCUGUUCAAGUGUUGUUCAAUGUUCAGAUUUGGCGUAAUGUACGGUCAUAUUUUUCGUUGUUUUGUUUCAUUACAUCACGUGUCAUUUCGAGUCUCUGCCCCCCGACAGUCACAUUUACCCAUUCAAGACCUACCUAUCGUUCUAUACCAUUAAUUUUGUACGAAUCCAUUUGUAAGAGGUGUCCAACUGCCUCGUCCUCUGUAAUGUUUGCAUGAAGUAUUGUCAUGGCGUAACGCGUUUACAGUCGCGCAGAGAGCGAUGGGAUAUGCGCGUUUUGGUUAGCACCUGGCCAAACUUAUAGCUGUCACAAUUAACAAGCAUAAGAGUAACGAAACAUUUGCGAUAUAUUUUACAAACGUUUUAAGAUGAUGGCGGCACUUUGCUUGCGAUAGUAACGUCUAGUAUUUUUUUAUUUAUAUACCUACAGGAAGAAGAUCCCUUUGCUUUUCCAUCAAAACGACAACGAAGAUAAAGGUUGGCAUGUAGAGUAACUUGAGUCGUGGUGAGUUAGGUAGGAAAUGACAAAGCAGGAGAGGUUACCUCAUAACUGCAGAAACCCGCCGCUUUUUUUCAAAGAAGAAAAUGGAAAGAAACAGCCCAAGCACACCGGGAAAACAUUGCUCCCCAGUUAUGUUUGGCGAAGGUGUGCAAACUAGGAAACACUGUUUUUGGAACCAAAAUCAUCGUUAGGGAACAAAAUUAUAUUUUUGAAAUUGCUGGGAAACAUUUUUGCCUUCUGGGAAGCAGUGUUCAAUAUAACAACUGGCCAUCGACAUUUUCCGAGCAAAACGCGAAUAUGGCUGUCUAUGCCGAGUAUAUAUACUCUGCAACGACAUUACGGCCGUUCAUUUUGCCGCAUUAAUUUGAAUUGUUUCUCCUUUUUCUUUCGGAACCAAAACACAAUCUCUUACCGCAACCUUUAAACCAACCUGAUACGGAGUAUCUUCAUUGGAGGGUAGCGGCGGUGAAAACACUGAGUAUCUGGUUGAUAUUAACACUUGCAAAAGAGAGUUACAACUUAGUCAAUAACUUUGCCAAUUGAAAUUCCUUUCAACUUCGUAAUAUUGUUGAGGUAUAUUGAUCAAAUAAAUUGCAUUUAUUAUAUUGAAUUUCUAAUCAAAUUUCGUAAGUAUGCGAGUGAAGUAAUUACAACACAAUGUACUGUACAACUUUCUCUUUCACUUUAUAAAUAAUUAAUGGCUGACCCACAUAUUGUCAGACCAAGUUUUCAGAAUUAUAUUGAACUCUGCUGGGAAGCAACAUUUUUUCCCGGUUUCAAAGAAACAUCGUAAUUAGUCGCUGGGGCAAGCGACUUAAGUUUUUGUUUUACAAAUCGAAAUAAUUAUGCAAGCCAACAGUAUUGGAUGAAAGAUGGCGGACGCUUUUCCACCAGUUUCGUAGAUCUCUUAAAAAUAUAAGUAUUUUUGGUGAACAUUCAACCAAAUUUUGCUGUUGUUUUGAAUGCCUUAGAGUACACUUUCUCAACUUUUUUUGUCAUUGUUUUAAAACAAAAUAUCUAAUUUGAUGUUCUUUGACAUGUUUGCUAUUUCUUGUCAUUAUUUAUCAAUAUUCAAUGCAUUUUAUCAAGUCCUCAGAAAUUUCCUAUGAAAUUCCCUAUGAAAUUCCCUAAAAGCUUAAUUUCCUUAAAGAAAUUUUGUUGUGGACCUCGUACUGAUUCUCUUUAAAUCACAUUUCCGACAAAUCUUCCAUGUCAGUCUCACACUAAUAAAACUACUUCAUACGAAAAAAUAAACAAACAAAAGCCAGCAACCUUAAUCACGAUCAUUUUUUUCAGAUCAGCUUAUGCAAUAGCCCCAGCGACUAAUGCUUAAUAGAGCGUCUUGUUUUAAAUAGUUUCUGCAAGAGUCUGUGCCCAAAGGUUGAGACAUUUGGCUAUCUCGCUCUCCGUAAAGCCUGACGCACACGAUGCGAUUUCAGUCGGCCGAUUUAAGCUCGGUUUACCUGCCGAUACAUUACAAUCCGCAGUACAAUAUGUUCUAUGUAUGUCAGAUAACUGAUAAUGAAUGCGCGAACUGAUUAAUCGAAAUUAUAUGAAAAUCAUACAAAAUCCAUCGAAUAUUGUCAAGCCAUGUCAUCACAGCCUCAAUUCUAGUUGGUUCAGAUAACUGAUAAUGGAACAAAUCGGCUGAUAAAAAUCGAACAUAUUAAAACAAUUUGAUCUGGUCCGAUUAAAAUCGACCGACCAAAAUCGCUUCAAAAUGACACCGCACACGAAAAAAUGUCAUUCAUUUAGUUUUAUCGGUUGAUUGGUCGCAUCGUGUGCGCCUGGCUUAAGCAGAACCUUGACUCUGUUUGAAAUCGACCGUAGUCCCGAAUCAGUUACAAUAUUCGGAUUUCGGACAUCGUCAAUACGUUGGCACAGAACAUUCCCAACGUCCACUGACGAUCUACGAUGAACGAUCAGAGACAUUCGUAUCACUAGCCAACGUUGAGUUUCAACUGUUUUAUUUGUACAAUAAUGAACAUUAGCUCAGUAUGUUAAUAUAUGUUAUCGUAAAUAAAGAAAAUUAUUAUAAUUAAUCAAUGGCAGAGUAUAGUAUUUGGAAGCAGGCACUGAUCUGAAGAUUAAGUAUGGAUAGGGUAUCCUUUUGAAACCAGCCAAUUUUGGUCACACAUGUCUUACCGCUAUUGGCUUCAUUAGCAGAAGAACUAUAUCCAGUGCUAGUCUUAGUCAGAUCAGUAGGGGCAGGAGCCGUUUUGGUCCCGGGCUGCAAUGCCUUCAUCGCAAGUAUUGCCAUGGCAACAAAGUAGCAAACUGGAGCAAAAUUACAGCAGCAAUACCAGCAACCCGUAAAAUAGCAGCAAAAACAUGACAAUUUUGCCAAGGCAUCAUCCCUUCGAGACACCAGUCACAUUUACGAAUUGGUAGAAGAAAUACAACCUAUAGUGGCCCAAAACGUUGCUGCAACUAGGCGAAGCAAAAAAAACACAGGCAAGUAUUUUGAUUACAGGGAAAUGGCAAUAUAAAAUUUCUAUUUUCUCAUUUGAAAGAACUUUUGAAAUUAUAUGUUAACUUCUUUUACCGAUUUUUCAUAUCUUGCUUAGUUCUUGAAAUAUUUUCACUUGAAGUAAUGAGAUGUCCGCCAUCUUGGACAAAUUUUUAUCUCAACGGUAGUUUUGGUGACGUCACAACAGGGAUUAACCAUAUAAAAGUAUUCGUUGCUGACCAAAUAUUGAUUGGUAGAUGUUGUGAAGGUUUUCAGCGAUCUUGAUAUUUCGAAGGGCAGACAGAGUAUAGUUUUGAGUGCAAAAUGAUCGGUGGUUGUCUAGAUAAAAUAUUGCGUGACCCCUGUUGUGACGUGCAUGCAUAUCUACAAAAAUUGAAGAUGGCGGACAUUUCAUUAUUUGUUGAAGUAAGCAAGAUAUGAAAAAACGGUACAAGAGUAUUAUUAUAUAUAGUCUUACAAGUUCUUUCAAAUGAGAAAAUAAAAAUAUAUAUUGCCAUUUCCUUUAAUUAGAGUAAUGGUCACAAGGCGCAAGGAACCUAUAGCUCUUCGUCAUGAACGCCCCUUAGCAUGCAUUCAUAAUACAUCUGCCGUCAAACCAUGUAAAAGCCAAUUUAAACUUUCGUGGGGUUCAAUCUAUGAUGUAACCUUAAUUAAACUAUUAUUAGUCUAUGACUAUAUAUACAACAUCUUCGUCGUAUAAUUCUUUUCACAAUAUAGUCAACCACAGUAUACGAGCUGUUCUGCAACCUGAUUGGUUGAAAUACAGUGUACUCACUGGGUAUCAUCGUUUUCGCAAUGAGAAAAGGAAAAUAUUUAGUAUCAUUAAAACUUUAUCUAAACACGAAAUUCAUUCACAUUAUGUGCUUUUCCAUGGAGCCAUGUACAAUAGAAAUAUUCCCAAAGUAUUUAAUGGUUCAAAAAGUAUCUAUUAUCUUAAAUGUUUUUGAAAGUUGCUACCGAUGUAGCAUUGAUUGAUUGCUUCAACAAUUAUUCGCUUUAAGAUAACAGUACAAGAAAAACUAUCAAAAGUUUCGACAGGUUAGCAAAAUGCAUUUAGUAUAUAGAAAUUGGUUUAAAAACAAGUUUUUUUAAAAAAUUAAUACCGAAACAACAGCUAGCGAAGAAAGCAUGUUCAUUGAGAAUACAAAUUGUUCAGAAAAAGUCGCAAAAUUUUCAGGCCAAGUCGACGAUACGGAUUUCGGCCGAACAAAACUGUCAAAACAUUGCAACAGAAAAUAAUAUAUUAUUGCUGCAGUCAAUGGCUAUGAUAGACUAUAUUAUAUAAUAAAACAAUUAUACCAUUCACUCUCGUCAUAUAUGGAUAGCGGACUCGGUGCUACGCACCUGGUAUAUCAGCUCAUGUAUGACAACUCGUAUACGACUAUAAGCCCAUAUACGACUAUUAGCCCGUAUGCGACUAUUAGCCCAUAUGCGACUAUAAGCCCAUAUACGAUCCCAUAUAUCUGCUACUUAGGUUUUAAUGAAUUCAGCCCAGUUUGCGAAUAUGCCUUUAUCAUGUGGUGACGUCAUUACACUGGACCAGAACGAGGCUUCGUGUGACAUGUGACGCCACUCAUACGACGUAAUGUUAACACUGAUCAAGACAAUCUGUUGUAUAACUAAUAUCAUCAAGGCAACACCAAUAAUCAACGCAUAACAGGAACAUACGAAUACCAAGGCGGAACUAAAAUAAAAAGAAACGUUGGCAAAAAAAACAACCCAGAAAACCAACAAGAAAGGUGGCCUGGGUAUCCUGUUUCCCUUCCUUAAAGUGCCUAUAUCAUGGUUUUGGAGUUUGCAUAUCUCGAAAGUUUAGCGUAUUUUAAGACACUGCAAUAGAUUUUGUUAUUGAAAAAUUUCAACUUGAUGGAUUUAUUAGUUCUUAAAGUUACCGGACAUGACGUCAAAAGGAGAAUUGCAAAUCAGUUUUCCUUUGUAUCAUUGCAACAAAAUUCUCUUUUUGACGUCAUGUCCGGUAACUUUAAAGCUAGAUUACAGUCCAUUCUGCGCAUGUGCGGGCUUUGUUUACAUUUUUUGUUUUGGUUUGGAUCCACUUCAAUUGUAUAAUAUGAAGUAUAGCGGCUAUGCACUAUAUAAAUGGAGUCCGAGUCAGGAGUGGAGUUAUUAAUUUUUUUAAAAUUGUCUUCUGAAAGACAAGCAAUUAAAUAUUUUGAAAGAUCAUGAAUGGAAGAUAUAUUGUUGAUCAAUUCGGCAUUUGUUUUUUGUGUGCCUCGUUGAUGAAACAUUCAGACGAGACCGACAAAGCCGACCCAAAGGUGCGAGUCACUGUAUUGAUUAUAUUAAUGUUCGGCAUUGUAAAAUAAACUUUGGAAGUGUCAAAGUAAUCACUAAUUUUUCCUUGGGGUAUUUGUUCGUCAAAACACAUUGCCAAAGUCAUUGUUGCUGUCAUGGCAGAAGCACUCGGAGAAAGCUUUUCGCUGGAAGAAUUGGAAACGAUAUGUUCAUGUCGCGGCUUGCUCCAGCGGGGCCUCCAGCUUCUGUCUUCGAUAGAGUAUGGGUAUUUUUUGCUCAAGCGCGUGCCGCGAAGAGGAUUUUGAUACAUGUAUGAACAAUCGAAGGACAGAUGGUGAGUUUGUAUUAUUGCUAUUAGUUAUGUACUGUUCGUUAGAAACGUGCUUCACAUGUAAUCUUAUUGUAUUUGUUCAUUAGUUUAUAACUUUAUAUAUGUUUUGUUAGUUUAUACGCAAAAAAAUGUGGCCUGAGCAAUGGUUCAUUUGAGAAUAUGUAAUGUUGUUCACCGCGAUAGUUCACUCAAAGGAUAAUGAUUAUCUAACAAUAGCUGGGUAAACUUUGUUUACAUAUUUUGAUACUUUGCCUGCCAAAAAUAUACACAGACUUAUAUUUCUGAAAGCUUUAACCACUGGCUUUAACACACAUGAUUUGUUUUAUUAAAUACCCCACAUAAUUAUGCAUAUCCUUGCCGGGUAAAAUAUCAAAUUAUGUAAAAAGGCUUACCUGUCUAUAUACAAGUGUACAUAGCUGUGAAAAUGCAGUAAUUUGGUGGUAAGAAAUAUCUGUGUUUCACUGUGCUUGAGUCUUUGCAUUUAAUUAAUGAUAAAUAUAUUCAUUUCAGAAUCUUGUGGAAGCAAUGGAUUUAAAUGCCCUUUGAAGAGCAUUUGCGUUAGAGCUUAUACAGCAUCAGCCAGCUGCAUUUGUCAAUUUGGUAAAUGGUGAAUUGCCAGGUGAACUGCUUCAACCAGACCCAGCUACGGAAAACCAGAAAAUGCCUCAGAGUAUUGCAAAUGUGGAUGCUGUGUUGCAAUGCCAACAAAAUGGGUAAACAAAUGCUGUACACAAUCAAGACAGCCUUGCAUAACCCUAGCCCUCUCUUCCCACAGUGGCACAGUUAGUACUUGAUGGAAAUGUUCGAUCUGGACAUGGCCAUGCAUUAGAGCGAUCAUUGAGGGAAACUUUAUUAUUCAUUAAUCCAUUUUACUGCAAUUAUCUCCUCAUGACAGGGAGGAUCAUUUUAAAUAUUUUGAAAGAACUUGGGUAAUUCACACCUGUUAAGGCCCGUUCACACAAGCGAUUUUAAACUUUGAUUUUCUCCUUUUGGCAUUUGUGUUUUAGCAAAAUUACAGGAAACAUUACUUUGCAUGGCUUUAUUAUUUACUCUAACACAUACACCAAAAGAAGAAAAUUGCAGUUCAAAAUUGCUUCAAACUUAUUAUAAGCUUUCUCUUUCUACUAACCACAGCAAAUGUUGCUAACAAAUGAAAGCCUUUAUCAUGUUAAUGGUUAAAUGUUUAUGAACAGUAAUAUUUCAUUAUAUAAAAGACCAGUUAUCAAAUACAUUGGAUGUUCAAGCACAACAUUUUGUAUUGACAUUGAUUUUUUUAUUCUUUAAAAUUACUCCUUGCUCCUUACUUCAGUCCUGAAAAGUGUAUUGCUGUGCACCGAAGAUCAAUGAAUCCAAUAUGGACACCCUGGCUCAGUAUUGGGGUCCAGGAGUUUGUAAUCAGAUUUCCUUCUCCUAGGUGGAUUGCCUUUCAGGGAUUAUGAGCUCCACCUAACAGAGCACUUUGUUUUAACUGGCAGACACUUGUCUACAGUGAUCAGUUGAAUUUAUACUGAUGGGUUUCAACAAGUUCUUUGACUGAAGGAGGAGGGACAGGGGUUAUGUUAGGAGCGAUUUGCCUUCGGUAAUCACUUGCAACACCAUUCCCCAUAUCUAAAGAAGACUUAUAAUUAGUUUUAAACUUAUUCCUGUUUAAAUGCUGCUGACCAAUGUGUUUUAAAAACACUCAAAUGGCUUUUUUCAAGCCACAUUUUGAUUUUGUUAAUGUUCAUGCAAAUCAAAAUUUGGCUUUCCAAAAAGCCUUAAGUGCUCUUAAAACACAUCAAUCAACAUGCCUACAGAAUGAUCAAAAUAUUUGUUUGAAAAUGUGAUAUGAAGAAUAUGGAAUUUCAUAAUGAAAAGUGAAAAAUAAAAGUCACUUUUUUUCUCACUAGGAUUCAGGAAAGCAUAAAAUGUUAUACAUACCUUCAUUAUAAGUUGUAGGAUGUAUUCGUACUGCCUAGGAGAAUCUUUAUAUGGCUCCAUUGCUGUUUCUUCCCCUUGCUGAACAUAUACUGGCAAUGGCUCAUGUCUGCAUUGUAUUGUUUCAUCUGGCUACUGAUCCGUCUGGGUUUCCACAGCGCUAUAAGUGCACAAUAAAAUUUUGUAAUGAGGAAAUAUAACAACAUUAACAUAACUGAAAUAUCCAGGGAUAUGUGUUAUGUGCUUACCACAAUUAAAUCCGUCUUGAUGUUUCGUAUACAGGCUCGAUCAGCAUAGUAUUCGCGAACCCUCGUCACUUUUAAUUCCAGCUUCAGUUUUGAAAUGAUUUCACCGACCAAUAGCAUCAUUAAAGUACAUUUUCGUUGCAUACCUUUUCGCGAAAUGUUUUUUUUUCGAUUUCCUGAUGGUUUUGGCGACCAGCAUUAGAAGGAUUUGUCUUUGAAGUGGACGGCUCUAUUAUAUAACUCUUGCGAGUCGGCCAUUUUGAGCGCGCAUAUCCGAAUAAGGACUGGGGAGCACACAAAAUCAAAACAAGUGUGGUGCUCACAUUUGUUUACAUUUUUGACACAUGCGCAGAAGGGACUGUAAUCUAGCUUUAAUAUAAUUAAAGUGCUUAUGUCACAAAAAUUGUUUUUUGAUAUUUGGUAGAGGACAAAAAGUUAGUUAAUAGGUUCUUUAGCAUUUUUCGGUUUUCUCUUUUCAUUCGCGAGAUACGAGGCUCUAAACCUUGAAAAAUUGGCUUUUAGCGAAAAAUUGUCGCGCCCGAGAAAAAACAGAAAAGGAUCUGGGGCGAGAGCCGUGUGACGUAGCUUAAGGGGGGCGGAUCUAGGGGCGGAUCUAGGAUUUUUCGUACCUCAGUCAAAAUUUUUUGGCGGACGGGGCGUUGUCAGCGCUGGGCGUGGUCUCGACUGGGCGUGAAAAACGUAUUUAGAUUAAAUUUAAAUUGAUAAACUCAAACGAACAUUUGAUUCUUAUCCAUUGUAAGAAAAACUACAAAUGCACAAAGAUAUAUUGAUCCUAUUCCAAUACAAAAUUUUAUGGAUAUAUUACUAUGAUAUAGUACAUUAAAACUCAGCAGAAUUUAAUAACAUGUUUGCCUGUGGAUUAAUCAAUCGUCGUCAUAUUGAUACUAUAUACCUAUAAGUGUAUCAUUGUAAAACUUGUAAAAUCAUAUGGCAGCAAAUGCAUUAAAUUAAGGAAAUAUACUGUUCUGUUACCAAAAACGCAGAACUAUACAAAUAAUUGCUAGUAGCCUCAGCUAAAAAAAACAACCAGAUAUUCAUUAACUAAGUCAAACACUAUUACAUUAACAAGAUAUAAAGAUGUUAUGUCAAAUAUUAAUAAACUAGUUACAUGAGAAUGGCUACCAGUCAAUGAGCUUUUCAAGCUAGCUUAAAUAUUUCGCAUCAUCAUGUUACACCAGACCAAUGCGGUCUAACAAGCCGUGUCGAUAGGCUAUGGACAAACAGUAUUCUAUAAGGCCGACAUGUUGUGUGAUCGAUGCAUAAAUAUAUAUAAAUGUUAAAUAAAACUUCACUAUAAACACGAGAAUCAACAAAUGCUUACAAUGUGGACAUUGAAUAAAACAUAUUUUAGCUUCUUGACGCGAGAAUUAUGCUAAUACAGCACAGCGAAUAUUAAAAUAUCAUAUGUCAAACAAUCAUUAACAACACCACCGACGGCUUUGGUUCUUCGGUUUAAUUAAUAUAAACUAAAGAUAUAUCAUUAUAAAACCAUAAAUUUCUCUACCUUAUUGCAGUGCAAGCUUUGUCUUUCUUAUCUCGGAAUGUAGCUCUCUGCGCCAAAAUUUCUAGCGAGGCUUCUGCUUGUGUUGUUGAUGGCGCUCACUUUGCCGUUCAGUAGCUCCUCAACAGAAUUUGUCCAUGAAGCAUCGAUAUUCUUCUCAAGCUCAGUAUACAAACGUUGUAGAGAUUCUAAAUUGUUUGCCGCAAUCGCAAACUGAAUAUUGUCGAAAAUGUUUCCAGAUAUCGCUGGCAGAGAUCGCUCGUAAAAAUAUAAUAGUAAAAUUUCUCACAUGCCAUACGUUCGAAAUAGUAAACAUUCAGGAGGUAUAAAACACCAAAUGCCGUGUUGACGAAUACCCCACGCUGCGAAUCCGUCGAAAAUAUAAGCCAAUGACAGUGCAGAAUAUUUUUAAAUGGUUCAAUCAGAAGACUCAUACAGAGCCCCUGAAUCUGCAAAUCCGUCAGGCCUCCCCACAGAUCCGUCGCAAAUGGCUGUAACCAUGGAAAUGAGCGCGUCAGCCAAUCAGAUAGCCGGAUUCAACCCCCGAAUCCGUCAACAUUCAUGCGUAAGACCGCUGUUCGUGACUGACUAACAUUACUUUGCCGAAGCUAUGCCGCAGCAUGAAACGAAUAACUGGACUACGAUUCAAAAUUUUAAUAACUCGAUCUACUGGCCGCUAUAGAUAGCUGGAGUCGAAUUUUUUUAAUUAAGUAGGCCAAUUUUUACUUCAGUCGCGCGACUGACUUGACGACCCCUAAGAUCCGCCCCUGAAUUUAAACAUGGAUUCGAACAAACACGAUAGACAACAAAGGAGAAAAGAAAGUCAAUCAACCCAAACUUCUAUUGAAGUUUUCAAGGGCAAGGCCAAAACCAACAAAGAAAGCAUACAACAAAUGCAAAUUCAAAUGAUUUAUUUCAAAAAGGCUCAAAGAAUAAUAAGUCUGGUAAACUUGUUUUCAUCGCCGGGGACUCAAUUCUACAACAUGUUCACGGCUGGGACUUGUCUAACGAUAAACAACGUGUAUCUGUAAAGUCCUUUUCAGGGAGUAAAGCUGAAGAUAUGCAAGAUUACAUAAACCCAUUACUACGCAAAAGCCCGACGAGAUAAUAUUGCAUGUAGGCACUAACAAUAUUAAAGAUAACUCCAAGACGGCAGAAGCUAGUGUUGCUGCGGGUAUCUUAAACCUCGGAACCCAAAUAAAGGAUAGUCUACCAUGCACUAACGUUUGUAUAUCUGGCAUUAUUACCAGGAAAGAUAAAGAUAAUAUCCAGAAUAAAAUUAAAACUGUAAAUGACAUUCUUAAACGGGCCCCUGACCAAAACAAAUGGACCUAUAUAGACAACACUAAUUUAGAUUAUACUUGCCUAAAUAGAGGUGGCCUAGCACUCUCACUAGAAAUUAUAGUAAUCACUUUAGUCGUAAUUGAAAUAAGGCAUGGCCAGGUGCUGUAAGGCAUACCCAAUUUAACCCAUAUUUCCCUGAUUUCAGGGGUUUCAAAAUGGGUAUGCUUAACAUAACCAGUAUAAGUAUAUUGACGAAAUUAGGAUCAUAUUAGCCGAUGAAUGUCUCGAUAUUCUUGCAUUAAAUGAGACAAGAUUGGAUGAUACUAUUAAUAACCAGGAUAUGUACAUAAGUAAUUAUGAUCUUAUUAGGGUCGAUCGUUCUAGAACAGGGGGAGGCGUCUGUUUAUAUGUAAAAACUGCCCUUAACUAUUUAGAACGAAAAUAUCUGACUAGAGAUAAUCUCGAAGCUAUAUUUGUUGAGAUUCGCAAACCUUCCACCGCCCAUGUAUUGUCGGUACUAUUUACAGACCUCAAAGUUGCCACAAUUGAGCAAUUAGUAAAAACAAUAGAUGAUGAAAAUAAGGAAUUUUACAUACUUGGUGACUUAAAUGCUAACAUGCUUGACACCUCAAACAAUGCCACAAAGAAUUUAAAUUCAAUCAUGGAAUUAUAUCAAUUAUCGCAAACGAUAAACACACCCACCCGUGUGACCACGACCUCAUCCUCCCUAAUAGACGUUUGUCUUACUCCCACUCCAACUAAGUCAAUAACAUCACAAGUAAUACCAAUUGCCAUUAGUGAUCAUUACAUGAUCUUCGUUGUUCGUAAAAUAAAUAUCCAGCGCAAACAAAACAGUCACAAGAAAGUUGAAAUUUGAAAUUUAAAAUAUUUUAAUGCUGAGAGUUUCCAAGUUGACCUGCGUGGUCAGGAAUGGGAAUUAUUAGAUAACAAUCUCUGCGUUGAUAAGAUGUGGGACACAUGGAAACACUUUUCGUACAAGUUCUUGAUAGGCAUGCCCCAAUCAGGGAAAUGAGUCAGAGUUAACCAAAAGUAAACCAAAUGUUCCUUGGCUCACUAGUAAAAUUUAAAAAACAAAUCCGCGAACGCGAUCGCCUUAAAUCUCUUGCUAUUAGACAUAAAUCGGAAAAUUACUGGAACGCAUACAAAACUUCUAGAAAUCGCGUAAUUGAUGCAUUGCGAGAAACAAAAGCAGCAUAUUAUAAAGAAGAAUUUAAGAAAGUCAAACAUGAUCCCAAACAAGCAUGGAAAACUGUGAAUAAAGUCCUAAACCGUAAACAGGAAAGUAGAGAAAUAAAUUGUCUUGAAACACAGAGAGGACAAAUUUCACAUCCAACGGAGUGAGCGGAGUGUUUUAAUAAUUAUUUCACCAAUAUUGGUCUAGAUAUUGCCAAAAAUAUCGACAAUGGUGACAGAAAUUUCAAGGAUUACAUCACGACAACAACUAGUAGCUUUAAUUUUCAAACAGUGUCUGAAUCGAAUGUAUACAGACGUCUGUUAUCUCUAAAUCCUCGUAAAUCUACUAGAAUUGACAAAAUCCCUGCUAAAAUUAUUCGCAUUGCUGCUCCUGUAAUUACAAACACCUUGACAAAAAUUUUCAAUAUGGCCAUUAAAGUGCAACUGUUCCUUUUGAGUGGAAAAUAGCAAGAGUCACUCCCAUAUUUAAACUAAAAGGCGCAACACGUUCUGUCCCGGAAAAAAUUUCAAUAAAAACAAGUGUCAACAAUGUUCGUGAAUAUGCCGAGAAUCCUAGGGACAUCGCAACACUUUUCAACCGCUACUUUGUAUCAAUCUUCUCGAGUGAUCCUAUCAAUAUUGUUAAUCAACAAUCUAUAUCCGAAACCACUGACACUAUUUUUAAUGACAUUGUUUUGUCGGAAGGAACAGUGCGCUCAGUUUUAAGAAAUCUUGAUAUCAACAAAGCGCAUGGUCCGGAUGAAAUCCCAGCAAGAUUACUUACCGAAACUGCAUACCAAAUCGCUCCAUCUCUAUGCCUUCUGUUUAACAAGUCCUUAAAAAGUGGACUAGUUCCUCGAGAAUGGAAACUUGCCAAUGUUGUACCCAUCCACAAAAAGGGGGAUAAAGAUCAUGUAGAAAACUAUCGGCCAAUUUCUCUUCUCUCACUUGUCUCCAAAGUCUUAGAGCGUUGCGUGUUCAUUAGUAUCAAAGAACAUGCUUUCAGUCAAAUAAAUUCUUGCCAACAUGGCUUCAUUUCAGGAAAAUCAUGCGUGACACAACUAAUUGAAGUUUUAGAUACCAUCGGCAGCCAAUUAGAUCUCGGAAAGCAGAUUGAUGUGAUCUACCUGGAUAUGUCAAAAGCAUUUGAUAAGGUUAGUCACGUACGUCUUCUACAUCGUCUCAGAGAAUUUGGAUUCGGAGGAAAUCUCUUAAUGUGGUUUAAUUCUUUCUUGAAAAAUCGCCAACAACAAACUACUGUUCUCGGUGCAACAUCGACAGCACUACCAGUGACAUCCGGAGUGCCACAAGGUUCCAUUCUUGGCCCGCUACUUUUCCUCUUAUAUACCAAUGAUCUAUCCUCUUCCAUCGUGAAUUCGAACGUAGCAGCUUUCGCUGAUGACACUAAGAUUUUUAAAGUGAUUAACUCCAGGACCGAUGCAAUGUUAUUACAAAAUGAUCUUCUCAACUUUAAUUCCUCCUUAUCCAAUGCUGGUCUGCAUCUUAACACAUCAAAAUGUAAAACCCUCCAGGUCACCAGGAAACACAACAAAAUAGAUUUCCCUUAUCAACUACAAGAUACCAUACUAGAAAAGACUGAUUGCGAACUCGAUUUAGGUGUAUGGACGAAUUAUGAUCUCACUUGGUCAAAGCAAGUUACACAACAAAGUAACAAAGCUAAUAAAAUGCUGGGUUAUAUUCGAAGAUCAACUUUCAAUAUUCGCGAGUUUGCAAUUCGACGAACACUGUACCUUUCUCUGGUUCGCUCACACUUAGGAUAUGCCACCCAAGUAUGGGCGCCACAAACAGUUGAGUUGGUGAAAAGAGUAGAACGAGUUCAGAGGCGUGCAACUAAAUAUAUUUUAAAUGUUCCCUUUAUUUGUGAUACAGAAUAUAGAGACCGACUCCUUGCAACCAGUUUGCUCCCUCUCAGCUACUGGCACGAAUACCUGGAUGUAGUAUUCUUCUAUAAGGCAAAUCACGACAUUUUUAAUAUUGAUAAAAUAAUUCUUCCAUUUCCUCAACCUCAGGGUAAAAGACAGACAAGAUCAUUUAAUCCCAACUCGCACAAAUAUAAAAUUCCGACAUAGAAGACGUCAACCUAUGAAAAAUCUUACAAAAUCCGAACAUCAAGAAUAUGGAACACACUACCCAAUUAUAUUACAUCCAAAGACCUAACAUUUUCAGAAUUCAAGAAUCUUCUUUUUAAGUACUAUAUUUUAGCAUUAGAAAAUACAUACGAUGUUGAGGAUCCCCGGACAUGGAAAAGUGUGUGUAUAAAAUGUAAUUCCGCUCGAAGUUUAAUGAACUCUCCAUUGACAUGCUGCUUUUAGACAAAUGUAAUGACUGUUGUUCAAGUAUUGUCUGUUGUGUGUGUUUAGUAUACCUUGUAAAUUGUUUCUGUAUAACUAUUGGGGCCGCUGUAAUUGGCAAUAGCUGUUGUGGUUUCCCAGCCAAUGAAUGUAUAAGUAUGAUGGCAAAGUAAAUAAAUAAAUAAAUAAAUAAAUAUUUAAAAACGGCCGACGAAACUUAUUAAACAACUAUCGCCCCAUUUCUAUCCUCCCUGUAGUAAGUAAACUUUUUGAAAAAGUAUUAUACGAACAACUCCAGGAGUAUCUUGUUACACAGGAGUUGUUGUCCCCUCGUCAAUUUGGUUUUAGAAAGUUUCAUUCUACAGUCUCUGCUCUUUUAGAUAGUAUAAAUGAAUGGUUUAUUAAUAUGGACCGUGGUUUGUUUAAUAUAGCUGUUUUUCUGGACUUACAAAAGGCGUUCGACACCAUAAAUCAUGACAUCCUGUUAACGAAACUUGAUCUUUAUGGCCUACAGAAGCCAUCAUUAAACCUUUUAGGAUCCUAUUUAGCGAAUAGAACCCAAAUGUGCUCCGUUAAUGGCGCUCUGUCGGGCAAGAAGUUGUGAUAGUCACCCGUAUAAAUAACAAACUUUAUUUAUCUUUACAAUCUAAGAGUAUAACACAACGUGUUUACAAUGUACGUCCAUAAAACAAUAUGGCGACUAUCGGGACUGCUGCUGCAUGGUCAACAUUUCGCAGGCGCUCACAAAGUUGGUUACAUGUGGAAUCCCUCAAGGUUCAAUUCUUGGCCCACUCUUAUUCUUGAUCUACAUUAAUGAUCUGCCUAACAGUUUGGAGUACUCGUCGACAAGAAUGUUUGCCGACGAUGCGACUCUAACUGUAUCUGGCAAGUCAAUUCAAGAUGUAGGAGGUGGCAAUAGAUCAUGACCUUACCAACGUUAAACAAUGGCUUUCUGCAAAUAGAUUAUCUCUUGAUCUAGUUAAAACUGAAUAUCUACUAAUAGGAUCUCGGUACAACAUAAAUAAUUUACUUGCUGCUCCAAAUGUAUUUGUUGGUGAUACACCAAUUAAAAAGGUCAAAGAAACAAAAGCACUUGGAGUUCGUAUCGACGAGUUUCAAUUGUGGGAUAAGCAUGUUGAUAAAAUUGCUAAGAAGAUUUCAUCCGGAAUUGGGGCGAUCAGAAAGCUAAAACCUUGUGUGGAUUAUAAUACAUUAAUUUGUGCUUAUACUUCCACACCUAGAUUAUUGUUGCGAAGUUUGGGUCACCAUUGGUGCCACUCUUUCUGAUCGACUCGAGAAACUACAAAAUAGGGCAGCUAGAGUUAUUACUGGCCGUAAAAACGAACACAGUCAAUCUGAACCUGCUCUAGACGAACUGAAAUGGAAACCUUUAAGUGAACGCAGAACACAUUUCGUAGCAAGUCUUAUGUAUAAAAUAACUCGCGAACUGGCGCCAAAACAACUAACCAACAUUUUUCAAAGGACGCUUCCUCUUAUUACUAUAAUAUGCGAGGCACUUCCACCAAACUCUUUUUGCCCAAACCUAAGACUGGAUAUCUUAAAAAAAGUCUUAGUUAUAGAGGAGCGAAAUUGUGGAACAGCCUUUCUGAUGAAGCAAGAACUGAAAAAACACACUCUUGCUUCGUUUAAUUCAUGUAUACGACACCUGGCCAAUUAAUUAAUUAAUUAAUUAAUUAAUUAAUUACGUUAAUAAAAAAUAUUGCACAGUACUAACAUUAAUUUAAUAUGUAAAUAAUUAUAUACUCGAUGUAAUUGUAAAUGUAUUGUAAUUGUUGUUGUAAUGGAAAUGUAUGACCAUAAUUUGUAUUAACUGUAUUUUUUAACUAUUUAAAUCUACGCCCCCCUUGGAAAUCAGCCUUCGCUGUUGGGGUUAGCGUAGUUAAAUAAAGUUUUACCUACCUACCUACCUAGCAUGACAAAAUUUCUGGAUGCUGAUUGGUUGAGAGGAGUACAAUUAUUUCAUUAAUGAUUUUCCCACAACAAACAAAAAGGCGGAAAGGUAUUUCAAACACAAAUGUGAAAUUAAAUUGCCCUAGAAGAACUACAGGGUGUCCCCGAAAAAGCCAAAUCUAUUGAAAUAACGUAUUGUUAGAAUUUGAAUGCCUCAGCACUCUGCUGAAUGCAAAGAUACGUAAAAUAUUGACAAGGGUGCAUAUAUUAAAUAUUGACUGAUUAAGAAAUUAAAAUAUCUUUGUAAAGUGCACGAUUUUCUGCUCUUGGGAAUUUAAAAUAGCUUCUUAAACGGUUUCUUUAUGCAAAAAGAUUACUUACGUCAAGCUUUAAUGCACGUGUGGGUCCAGCAGAGUGCUGAGGCAUUCAAAUUCGAACAAUACGUUAUUUCAAUUGAUUUGGGUUUUUUGGGGACACCCUGUAGAUGAAAAUACGAACAAGAGCACCAGAUUUUACUUUAAUGAAAGAACUAAAUGAAAAUACGAACAAAACUCUGGCAGGACUGGACUUUGGCGAGAGAGUAUGAUGUUGACAAUGAGAAGUAUUCAAUUUUGUCACUCGCCCCGGAGGCUCGUCCAAUUCUGGCAAAAUUCUGGCAAAUACCUUUACUAAUUACACCAAUACACAUAUUAAGCAACAACGAACAGUACUAGUUGGGGCUUCGGUGGCCAAGUGGUUAGCGCACUUGCCUGUCACCUCUGGGGCUGCAGGUUCGAGUCUCACUAAGUACCUUCUCAGUGCGACUCGAACCCAGUCCCCAUGUGAAAAGAGUAAAAGUCAACGCUCUGCCGAAAGCCGUGGGUUUUCCCCGGGUACUCCGGUUUCCUCCCACAGGGAAAGUUGACAGG